CUGUAGGGGGAGCUCUUGUCUCGGAGCGUUGUGUGGCCGGCAGGGGGCGCCGGCGCGGAGCCGUGUGUAGUGGAUGUGUGUGGGCGCCGCUCGGACUUGUUGUUGGGUAAAGUUUUGCUGGCAGGGAAGAGGCGGCUGUGGCGCGGUGUGAGCGGCGCUCGUCAUCCCGGGGGCCGCGGCUGGUGGCGGGAGGCUGAGCCCCGUGUGCCCGGGCUAUGCGGCUGGAAGUUGUGUGAGUGUCCGCUCCGUGUGGAAGUUGUUGUGGCCGCAUGCCUGGUGUCUAGUCACGUCCCGUGUGUCGGGGUGCGGCUGUGUGUGUGACCCGUGUCCCCCGCUCCUCUCCCCCCCGGUGUCUCCCGCUGGCGGGCCCAGCUGUCUAUGAGCGCCCCCCCGGUCAUCCGGCCGCCCAGCCCCGCGGGCCCCGGCCUCUCCCUCCAGAUCCAGAUCGGCCUGAGCCGGGAGCCCGUCCUGCUGCCCGAGCCCGGAGAGCUGAGCCUGGGGGCCGUGCGGGAGAUGGCCUGCUCCAUCGUGGACCAGAAGUUUCCAGAAUGCGGAUUCUAUGGGAUGUACGACAAGAUCCUUUUAUUCCGCCAUGACCCAAAUUCGGAAAAUAUUCUGCAGCUAGUUAAAUCUGAGGCAGACAUUCAAGAAGGGGACCUCAUUGAAGUGGUGCUUUCAGCUUCUGCGACCUUUGAAGACUUCCAGAUUCGUCCGCAUACGUUGUAUGUCCACUCCUACCGUGCUCCGGCGUUCUGUGAUCACUGUGGAGAGAUGCUUUGGGGUUUGGUGAGGCAGGGCCUCAAAUGUGAGGGAUGCGGUCUCAACUACCACAAGAGAUGCGCGUUUAAGAUACCGAACAACUGUAGUGGGGUCCGAAAGCGAAGGUUGUCAAAUGUGUCGCUAACCUCCAGCAUACGCACUGUAUCUGCAGAACCUGUCUCCUUCGCUUCAGAGGAACCACUUCUGCAAAAAACUCCAUCAGAGUCGUUUGUUCGGGAAAAGAGAUCUAGUUCCCAGCCCUACCCCGGUCGCCCAAUCCAAUUGGACAAGAUCUUGCUCUCCAAGGUCAAAGUGCCUCACACGUUCGUAAUCCACUCCUACACCCGGCCGACGGUGUGCCAGUACUGUAAGAAGCUGCUAAAAGGUCUGUUCCGGCAAGGACUGCAGUGCAAGGACUGCAAGUUCAAUUGUCACAAGCGUUGUGCAACUAAAGUGCCUCACAACUGCCUUGGAGAGGUGGCUAUAAAUGGAGACUUGUUGAGUCCUGGAGCGGAGUCUGAUAUCGUCAUGGAAGAAGGAAGUGACAAUGAAAGUGAUCCAAGCAGCAGACUGUUAGACGAUGUAGAUGAGCCCCUGACUCCAGAUUCUGACAGCAUUAUGACCGGCUGCCGAAGUGAGAAUGGAGACAUGCAGGACCCCGACCAGGAUCAGGAUACAUCAGAUCGUAUGAUCAGCCCCUCAGCCAGUAAUAACAUUCCCUUGAUGAGAGUGGUUCAGUCUGUCAAGCAUACAAAGCGGAAAAGCAGCAGUGUUAUGAAAGAAGGUUGGAUGGUGCAUUAUACCAGCAAAGAUACCAUGAGGAAAAGACAUUACUGGAGACUGGACAGCAAGUGUAUAACCUUAUUUCAGAACGAUACUGGAAGCAAAUACUACAAGGAAAUCCCUCUUUCUGAGAUACUCUCCCUGGAACCUGCUAGAACCCUGUCUCAGCUUCCUCCUGGUGCUAAUCCUCACUGCUUCGAGAUCACCACUGCCAACAUUGUAUAUUAUGUGGGGGAAAGUGUGUCCCUCCCAAUCACACCUGAGAUUGGAAGCAACGUGGUUAUGAACAGUGGAGUCGGAUUGGAAGUAGCUCGUAUGUGGGAAAUAGCCAUACAACACGCCCUGAUGCCGGUGAAUCCUAAGGGAGCAAAUGGAGUCACUAGCCAACACAGAGAUGUAUCUAUGAGCAUUUCUGUGUCUAACUGUGAGGUGCAGGAGAACGUGGACAUCAGUUCAGUGUAUCAGAUUUUCCCAGAUGAGGUUCUUGGGUCAGGCCAGUUUGGGAUUGUCUAUGGAGGUAAACAUCGAAAGACAGGCCGGGAUGUGGCUAUAAAAAUAAUUGAUAAACUGCGUUUUCCUACAAAACAAGAGAGCCAGUUGCGGAAUGAAGUUGCCAUUUUACAGAACCUGCAUCACCGAGGUGUGGUAAACCUGGAGUGUAUGUUCGAGACUCCGGAAAGAGUGUUUGUGGUGAUGGAAAAGCUGCACGGGGAUAUGCUGGAGAUGAUCUUGUCCAGUGAAAAGGGAAGAUUACCCGAGCGCAUCACCAAAUUCCUUGUUACCCAGAUCCUAGUAGCGCUGCGGCACCUUCACUUCAAAAACAUCGUCCACUGUGACUUAAAACCGGAAAACGUGCUCCUGGCGUCUGCGGAUCCCUUUCCUCAGGUUAAGCUUUGUGACUUCGGAUUUGCACGUAUCAUCGGAGAGAAAUCCUUUCGUCGCUCAGUCGUCGGGACUCCUGCCUACUUGGCUCCUGAAGUGUUGAGAAAUCGGGGCUACAACCGCUCACUGGACAUGUGGUCUGUCGGGGUGAUCAUAUACGUCAGCUUGAGCGGGACUUUUCCUUUUAAUGAAGAUGAGGACAUUCACGAUCAAAUACAGAACGCAGCCUUCAUGUACCCGCCCCACCCCUGGAGAGAGACGUCGUCUGAUGCUAUUGACCUCAUUAAUAAUCUCCUGCAAGUAAAGAUGAGGAAACGUUACAGUGUGGACAAAACCCUUAACCACCCCUGGUUACAGGAUUACCAAACGUGGCUUGAUCUCCGUGAACUGGAGUGCAAGAUUGGGGAGCGCUACAUUACCCAUGAAAGUGACGACAUGCGCUGGGUGAUGUAUGCCGGGGAACACUGUCUUCAGUACCCGCCUCAUCUUCUGCCCCCACCAGCCAGCGAACCUGAAGACGCCGAGAUGAGGGCUUUGGGAGAGAGAGUCAGCAUUCUCUGACACGACGCCGCCAACACGUUGCGCUUCGUGUUUGUUCCUCUACAAAAAGAGACAAACGAUAGGGAACGGAUUUUAGUUGUUGAAUGUACAAUGUUCAUCGAUCCGAUCUGGUUGUGUCGCGCCACUCCACAAAGUCUUUACGAUACCUCUGGGCUGUAUCUAUCCCCCACCUGUUUUAAUAAAUCCUUCCUGAAGAGCCUAAUGAAGACACUCCAUUGGCGCAGUGUAGAAGGGGCCCCUAUAUGUCCCAAGGACACCCGGAUUGCACAUUGUAGGAGCCAUUCCAUCUAUUACCAUAGUCUUAUCCGUUACAUCGUUCUACUUGUAAGGCCUGCAAGAUAUGUAACGUCAUCCGAGGGAUGAUCUGUCCCAGUAUAUCACACGUUCUAUGGGUAUCGUGCAUGUGUGUGUAUACGCGCGUACGCACACGUGCUUUUCGUCUAAAACCUAAAGUCAUUGAGAUGUAGUUUCUUUAUGAGGGAGGUCAAAAGGGAACCAACCCUGUCAUUGACAGGAAACAAAAGCUGCAGUCCACCGAGACUCUUAAUAAUCACUCCAUGAUGUGUUGCAGGCACGGUUGGCAGCGCAGGGGUUAAUCUGCUUGGUCACGAUUUUUUUUUAUUUUUUUUUCUCUAUUCUAGAGGAAACCAUGUUGGUUUAUUUUAAUUUAAUUCGUAGCCUGGAGGAUGACCUAAAAAAAAAAAAAAAAAAAAAAUGGUUUAUUUCUGCAAGGUGAGAGAUACUCUUCAGGGGUCAACAGAUCACAGGAAGUGCCCAAUAAACACCUGGAGUAGGGUGCACGGAGCUAUGACCACACAUGUAUUGAGGCUCUGUGUAAAGAGUGCAAAGGGUGGGGGCGGGGGGCUUUUUUUUUUUU